UCUAUGGUAUGGACAGCGUUAUCAGUGUAGAGGGGAGACUUCUUGAUAUUGUCGAUAAAGCUUGGCGAGAGGAUACUUUGCCUCACGAGGAUAUAGAAGUACCGCAAGAUGAACUCCCAGAUUUUGAAGCAGAUAACGGUGACAGUCGCUUAACAGUGAAAGAGCAAGAGAACAAGUGGUCUGAUUUGGCUUUAGGCACCCUCUGUGAUCAACAUCAAGGAGGCAACUAGAAUCAUGGAAUUUCCUAAUUUAGGUGCUCAAUGUGCUGUUCCAACCUGCAAACAACUUAAUUUCCUUCCAACAGAAUGCGAUCACUGUCAUUUGGCCUUUUGUGGAGAACAUUCAUUCGUAGAUCACCAUGGAUGCACCAAGUUUGAAAGCAAACAGGUCCAACCAGAAGAGCUACCGUCAGCGGAGAAAAACUAUCACAAAUGCUCUUUUGAGGGAUGCUCCAGUUCUUCGCCAAUUGCAAUGAUUUGUCCCCAUUGUCGGAUACAUUUUUGCCUUUCGCAUCGGUACCACGGAUGUAUGGAUUCUAAAGAGCAGCAAAAAGACAGGCGUCGAAAGGAGUAUUUGAAAAAGAAGGUCACUCAAGAGAAUUUCAAAACAGCCAAGGAAGAGACUGAUAAACAGGUGGAGAUGAAAUUGCAAACUGCUGAAAAACAACCAGAAAAAGCAGCAAUGGUACAAAAGAUCCGCUUCAUGAAGAUAAAAAGUAAAUCUUUAGGUGAUAAUAAAAUACCAGGAAGUGACAGAGUGUACUUCUCAGUUCAUCCACCGUUAAAAUCAGACGUAAGCAAAAGUACCCCGUUGUUCGGAGCAAAGGAUUACACAAUUGGAAAGGCCAUAGACAUCUUUGCAUCAAAACUUAAAGUGUUAAAUGAAAAUCACAAAAAAGAGGCCCCUAAACUCAGAUUAUUCAAACACAUGACAGGCUCAAUUCUUACGCAUGACAUGAAGGAAACAAUCGAUUCCCUUUUGAAAAAAGAUAUUGUAUAUAAUGGGGAUACUUUAAUCUUAGAAUAUGUCAAUGUUGAGGAUUUAGACAAUAAUACCCCAACUCUGAAAGAUCUUGAUUCACUAAGCAGAUAUACUGGGUCGACUGUGUGAAAUAUUAUCUACCUGUUUUUUCUUUUGUAAUUUGAUUUUGUUAUGUUUCAAGUUUAGAAAAGUUUUAAAAUACAUUCUCAAUCUUUCUUCUCUUUACUCAAAAA